AUGGCCAGUGGAAGGCUGCAAUCGGCCCCACCGGGGACUGCGCAUUUGGAUACAGUGAGAGCUCUCCAUCAAACUGUAGUAUCUUUGAGGACUGCAUUAGAGAUAUCUAAGAAUGAAUUAAAAGAGCUAAAAGAAAAGUAUGAACAACACUCUAACUGUUUAGAGUAUGCAGAUGUCAUAGAAAAAUUAACCGUUGAAAAUCAUAUUUUAAGACGGAAAAUAAUAGACUCUGGCUUAGAAGAUAGAGAGUCUUCUCCAAAUAUAAAAUUUCAAGUUACAUACAGUCCAAGAAAAAAUGAAGACAGUUACGCUGACAGUGAAGUGAGAGCUAAACCAGUUACACCAGACUUAAAUAGUGCAGUGUUAGAAGAAGAAAAAUUAACAGAAGUGGAUGAAUUUGAUAAUGUUUGUUCUACAGAAAAGUUGGAAAAAAUUCAAGAGGCUAACUUCAAUAAAAUUCCUAAUGUAGAAUCAUCACAUACUCAGUCAGAGAUAUCACAAAUAGAUCCAAACAGUCAAGUAACAGUAACAGAACAAGAUAAAAGUUGUCAUUUGCCAAGUUUUAAAACUAAAUUUGAGUUACUGUCUAAAUUUGAUGUUAAAAUAAAAGUGAGGUCUGUGAAAGAAGGAAGUGUGAUAUCAAGUAGUACUUCUGACACUGAUUCUACUGGUGAACAAAGGAAAGAUAAAGACAGGCCAAGAAAAGAGUCAUGUGACUCGCCAGCUACUUUUCAUUUUGAAGAGAAAAAAGAGCAUUUUGAUAAGAUUGUAGAUUUGGAAGAAAAUAAAAUAAACUUUAAAACAUUUACAACAGAAAACAUAACAAUGGCCGUUCCCAAUGAAGCAGAAGUAAAGUCCAAAGUAGAUAAAUUUGAUGUUCAAGUGAGAAUUACAUCUGAAGAGAACUUGGUUGUUAAAGAAUGUACUGACCGUAUUAGAAGAAAAGAUACACUCAAUUUGGAUGUUGAUGAUUUGAGUCUUAGAUCUAUGUCGGAAGGUGACAAUUCAGUUUUCUCUGAAGGUGGCACAACUCCAAUGGAGGCCGGUGGAGCACCUGACGACAAAGAUGACAAUGCCAGCGGUAACGAGUCAGCAGAAGUGGAUGACAUUGAACUCAUAUUUACUACUGAUGAGUCCAAGGAUAUGAGUAACUUGCAGGAGGGCUUAGUAUCGAUACGGGAGACAGAUCACUGGACACCGAAUUACGCUACCACUGUUCAUUCUACUCCCGUUUUAAUCAAAUUCCAUACUUUGGAUCCUGACUUUCAACCGGGCGAAACGACUGAUAACGCUGAAAACGAAAUACAGGAAAACAGCAACAUUCAAUCGUUUAAUGCAGAUCCAAACUUGAAACAGAAAAGGGUCUCCCUUCCUAACGAUAAAGAUAUUAAACAUGUUGCCUUUAACAAUAAAGGGAGUCUGGAUUUGCCUGGUAGAGGGAUAUUGAAGAGCUGCGAUAACAAAUCCGAUAAUAUGCUGUACAGGCGUAGCCCUAACACAAGUACCAGGAGAUUAGACAGCGUAGACAGUUUAACUUGCGAGUACAAUAGAGGCUUUAGUUUGGACAACACGAAGUCUUCAAGCUUCGAACUCGGCUCUAGUAUGGACAUCCUUCAUAGGGAUGAGAGUAUCGACAGUUUUCAUAGGACCAGUCGAUUGGGACAUCGAUUCUCAGUAUUCGCCGAGACGGAUAUUUCGAAGUGCGGUAUAUCGGAGGACGAUCUUGCGAGUAACUUUAAUAAUAGAAGGAAUACUUGCCCCAAUCCCUUUCAGUACAGGGCGCUGCCGUACCGCGGCUCGUCGCGCGGUCGCUGCCUGGCGGCGCGGCGGCCGGUGCUGCGCGAGAGCGGCAGCUCGCGCCGCGACGGCUGCGCGCAGACCGACGUCUCCGCGUUGCCGCACACCUGGACCUCCGACGGAUACCUGGCUCACAAGAGCUCGUCGCGUACUGCGAGCGUGGGAGCAAUUGCGGGUGCGACAGUGCCGCAGCGCAGCGGUGCUGGCGCGGGGGGCGCGGGGCGGCGUCUCGCGGUGCCGGAGCCGGACGCGCGUCGCCCGCUCACGCGCCGCAGCGACGAGGCGCGCCGCGUGCUGCUCAGCGAUAUCGGUUUUACAUCAAUGGUACCAGAGUUAUCGCGUUCAGCAGAGCCCCUCUGGAAUAUGCGCCGCGGGCCUUCUGAAUCGCCGCAGCCAAGAUACCUCUCUCGUGGAUCGUCAUACCGCUCUCCAUGCCUAAGCAUGGACAGGAGCAACGACUGGACGCCGCAGAUCAACUACAAUCCGCCUAUCAAAGUUGAAUAUCGGCCUUGGCGUGGGUCGCUGCCGGAUGUCAGACAUGAUUCGCGCGACGAUACGGACGAGUUGCUGGAAGAAGCGGAGACAUUUCUUCGCCGUUCGAUUGAUAACCUCACUUCUACUUAUAAUGAAGGUAAAGGUUAUUCAUCAUGGUCGUUAUCAUGGUAG